UUUUUUGGAAGUAGUCACCCUAUGGUAGUCACCACCUUGUCACCACACCACGUUAGGCGGCAAGCGUGCAGGAUAUACCAUAAUCUUCCAACCCGGACUAACACCGGACCAAAAAUGUCGGCUCAAAUCAUUAGCGGGAAAGAGGUGUCAGCGCAGGUGAGGGAGCGUCUGAGGAAGGAUGUGGAGCAGAUGAAACUUAAGGAUUCCAACUUCAGACCCGGUCUAGUGGUUUUACAGGUUGGAGACCGCGAGGAUUCAAAUCUGUACAUCAGCAUGAAGUUGAAAGCAGCAGCAGAGAUUGGAAUAAAUGCAACACAUAUGAGACUUCCCAAGACUGCAACAGAAGAGGAGGUUCUUCACAGCAUCAGAGAGGUGAACGAGAACUCGUCUGUCCACGGCCUCAUUGUGCAGCUGCCUUUAGACUCAGUCCACAAGAUCGACACAGAGAAGAUCACAAACGCUGUGGCUCCAGAGAAGGACGUAGACGGACUGACCAGCAUAAAUGCAGGGAAGCUGUCUCGUGGGGACCUGGGCGACUGCUUCAUCCCGUGCACGCCCAACGGCUGCAUGGAGCUGAUCAGACAAACUGGUGUGUCUGUGGCCGGUAAAAGGGCCGUUGUGAUCGGUCGCAGUAAGAUCGUAGGUGCACCGAUGCAUGACCUGCUGCUGUGGAGCCACGCCACCGUCACCACCUGCCACUCUAAGACCGCUGAUCUUGCCGGAGAGGUGGGUAAAGCAGACAUCCUUGUUGUGGGUAUUGGAAAAGCAGAGAUGGUGAAAGGAGAGUGGAUCAAGAAGGGAGCGGUGGUCAUUGACUGUGGCAUCAAUUACAUUCUAGACGAGACUAAAGCCAAUGGAAAGAGGGUGGUGGGUGACGUCCAUUACGCCUCGGCCAAGGAGCAGGCUGGCUUCAUCACUCCUGUUCCUGGUGGUGUGGGACCCAUGACUGUGGCCAUGCUGAUGGCGAAUACAGUGCUGAGUGCAAAGCGUUUCCUGGAAGCCCAUCAGCCAGGAAAGUGGGACAUCUCUUACACCAAACUCAACCUCCAGAAGCCAGUGCCAAGUGACAUUGUCGUUUCUCGCUCCUGCGUCCCCAAACCCAUCGACCGUCUAGCCAAGGAGGUGGGCCUGCUGUCUGAUGAGGUGGAGCUGUACGGCAAAACGAAGGCCAAAGUCCAGCUGAAUAUUAUCAAACGGCUGCAAUCCCAGCCAGACGGCAAAUAUGUGGUGGUCACCGGUAUUACCCCCACUCCUCUGGGGGAGGGUAAGAGCACCACCACCAUCGGCCUGGUCCAGGCCCUGGGAGCCCACAUGAAGCUCAAUGUGUUUGCUUGUGUCCGACAGCCUUCUCAGGGGCCAACGUUUGGCAUUAAAGGUGGUGCUGCAGGAGGUGGAUAUUCUCAAGUCAUUCCAAUGGAAGAGUUUAACCUUCAUCUCACUGGAGACAUUCACGCCAUCACUGCUGCCAACAACCUGGUGGCUGCUGCUGUGGAUGCCCGCAUGUUCCACGAGGCCACACAAUCAGACAAGGCUCUGUAUAACCGCUUGGUUCCACUCAGUGGAGGACAGAGGAAGUUCUCCCCCAUCCAGAUCAACAGACUCAAAAAACUGGGCAUUGACAAGACUGAUCCUUCCGCUCUCACUGAAGAAGAGAUCACCCGCUUUGCCCGCUUGGACAUUGACCCAAGCUCUGUAACCUGGCAGAGAGUGAUGGACACCAAUGAUCGAUUCCUGAGGAAGAUCACUAUCGGCCAGGCGCCAACUGAAAAGGGAUACACAAGAGAGGCUCAAUUUGACAUCACCGUGGCCAGUGAAAUCAUGGCAGUGCUCGCCCUCACCAGCAGCCUGCAGGACAUGCGACAGCGUCUGGCCAAGAUGGUCGUAGCCACCAGCCGCAGCGGACAGCCAGUCACCACCGAGGACCUGGGUGUGAGUGGCGCUCUAACUGUGCUGAUGAAAGAUGCCAUCAAGCCAAACCUGAUGCAGACGUUGGAGGGAACCCCUGUGUUUGUCCACGCCGGCCCCUUCGCCAACAUCGCCCAUGGAAACUCCUCCAUCCUGGCUGAUAAGAUUGCUUUGAAGCUGGUUGGACCUGACGGCUUUGUGGUGACAGAGGCUGGUUUUGGAGCGGACAUCGGCAUGGAGAAGUUCUUCAAUAUCAAGUGCCGCUACUCAGGCCUGAGGCCUCAUGUGGUGGUGCUGGUGGCCACUGUUCGAGCCCUGAAGAUGCACGGAGGAGGACCAACUGUCACUGCUGGGAUGCCGCUGCCUAAAGAAUAUGUGGAGGAGAACCUUGAGCUGCUGAGGAAUGGCUGCAGCAACAUGAGGAAGCAGAUAGAAAAUGCGAAGCACUUUGGCGUGCCUGUGGUGGUGGCUGUCAAUGCUUUCAAGACAGACACUGAGGCCGAGCUGGACUUGGUUUGCAGUAUGGCCAAAGAUGGCGGAGCCUUCGAUGCCGUUCGAUGCUCCCACUGGGCUGAUGGUGGAGCCGGGGCGACGGCUCUUGGUCAGGCUGUCCAGAAGGCCAGUGAAGCUCCCAGCAACUUCAAGUUCCUCUAUGAUUUAGAGCUCCCUAUUGCUGAUAAGAUUCGCAUAAUCGCUCAGAAGAUCUACGGAGCAGAUGAUAUUGAGCUCCUCCCAGAGGCCCAACACAAGGUGGAGCUCUACACCAAACAGGGUUUUGGCAACCUUCCAAUCUGCAUGGCAAAGACCCACCUGUCGCUUUCUCACGAAGCAGACAAGAAGGGCGUUCCCACCGGGUUCGUGGUGCCAAUCAGAGACAUCCGAGCCAGUGUGGGCGCUGGCUUCUUGUACCCGCUGGUUGGCACGAUGCCAACAAUCCCCGGCCUGCCCACUCGACCUUGUUUCUAUGAUAUUGACCUGGACCCUGAGACAGAACAGGUCAAUGGGCUCUUCUAAAAAGGAAAAAAACGCCACAGCACCGUGUGAUGGCAGAGGGAGGUAGUUAGACAGUACAUGUGUCGGUCUGACAAAGGAGUUGGCGGUAACAUUUCUUAGCUGGUAAAAUAGUCCCUUUCUGUUUUCAUUUCCUUCUCAUUGUGUAGACAUUUCCCAUCUUUCCCCACUGAGCUGAAAUGUGAUGAAGCAAUAACUGGAAGCGCCUCGAGCUCAUCUGCUGGUGCUGUGUUUGUUUGUUGUUUUGACAUCUGUAAAUAGUUGAUUGGCUUUUCCCAGAAGGCUGAUGAUGAGUAAAUCAUGGAACGGUUUAUCUACCUGCUGUUGCAAGACUUUUUGCAAGAGAGAACUGUCCUGUUGACAAAUUCUUCCAUUCGAUUGCUGAAUGUACACAUUUCACUUCCCCAAACCCCCAAAACUGACAAACACAACCCAUGGAGUCUUGUAUUAACUACUUAUGUAUAUUUUGGAACACUACACCAGAGGAAUCUCCUCCAAUUCACUGUCUGUAACCAGAAUCUGAUAUUACUGUGCCUUUCUUAAUAAGUCUUAAUGUAAAAAAUAAUAUUGCCUUACAAAGUAUUUUUGUAUAAUUUUUGAGCGAUCUCAUCCAGUUGCUUUUUUUCUGAUGUCCUGUUUUGCCAGUCCUGCUUUAAAAUUGAAUAUUUCUAAUCCUGUUUAAAAUUACUGACCAAAUCAACAAUGCUAUGAAGCUGAUCUACUGUGAUGUGGUAAAUCAGUGAUUUUGACUUAUCUGUCAGGAAAAAUCAAAUAAAGACUUUUUAAUGGGAAGCUGCAGAUCAA